AUGAACGCGAUGGCGCAAAAUCUGAUCAGGCUGACGCCUCGUACUAGUGUGGUCCUUUCAUCUCUUCGCUUGUUACGAUCCUAUUCCACUUCCUGCAUGGUCGCAUUCUCAGUCAUAUAUGGGACCCGUAAAGCACUAGUUGGUGUCUUAAGGCCAACAAAAAUGGACCAACAACAAGAAAAAUCGAGUUUAUUUCAGGAUGCAACAGCUUUGGCAAGGCUCUAA